AUGGUCGAUUUAAAUAAUUUGGAAGAGUACAUUUCAUUGGUGGUUGAUGCUACUAUCAAGACUGGUAUCACAAGGCAAUUGGAAGCAUUUAGAGCUGGCUUUAAUCAGGUUUUUGAUGUUUCAAGUUUACAAAUAUUUUCUCCAAGUGAGUUGGAUUAUUUACUCUGUGGGCGUAGAGAAAUGUGGGUGGCUGAUACACUUGUGGAACACAUAAAAUUUGACCAUGGGUACACAUCCAAGAGCCCUGUAGUAAUUAAUUUGCUUGAGAUAAUGGGAGAGUUUAAUCCAGAACAACAAAGGGCAUUCUGUCAAUUUGUUACUGGUGCAACUCGGCUUCCUCCAGUCACUAACCCUUUAUUAAUUACAAAACUCAACACUGCAUCAAAUGCUGUGGGUGGAGUCUCGGAAUCUGCAGAUGAUGAUUUGCCAAGUGUCAUGACAUGUGCCAACUACCUCAAUCUUCCUCCCUAUUCCACCAAGAGUGUUGGAGUAAGAUUUGAUCGGCCAACAAAGGACAACAUACUGAAGUUUAUCUUGGGAUCUGCACUAUCAUUGCAUCCAUAUGGAGGGGAACUGUUAGAAAGACACAAUAAUGAUAAUUCCCAUCAAAUAUUGUCAAAGACAGAAGUUCAAAUCCUAUGUCUUCUACUAGAGUUUUAUCUUGUUUCUGAUUUAGCCGUGAAAGAACUCAUUGCAGUUGCCACCAACAGAGAAGCAUCAGAACACUUCAUGUUGAAGUUGCAAGAAACAAUGAAAUCGAAGCAUCACUUGUGGUUUAAUUCAGAUUCUGGGACAAAAAGAGUCCUAGGGGUAAAGUUGGUGGAAGAAAGGAAUAUGAAGCCACUUGAUUCAAGUCUUGCAGCAUUAUCAACAAGAUGCAGUAAAGACUUGGAGUUGAAUUUGGCUAAGUCAUUCUUGAGUGAGAUGGGCUAA